GACAGCGCCAACAGCGCGCAUAGCUGAGUCGGCGAAGUGGGGAAGAGGGGGAAAGGGGCGCGUGCGCGCGGCCAUAUUGGCUACUUGUAACUUUCAGGAGGAACGAGUGAAAAAAUAACCCAACUUUUCCCAUCUCUCGUGCGCACAAGAAAAUGUUGCCCUGGAGAAUUGUCCAUUGAUCCGCGAUACGGCCGAUUCUGUCAUCGUGACUGCGGCGUGACGCCGAGCUAUCUCACCGUUCCCACGAAGGCUGUCCCUUUCCCUUAAAAAAUGAGCUUCUUCGGUUUCGGCCAGUCCGCCGACAUAGAGAUCACGCUGGACGGCGCUGAGACACGGAAGACCGCAGACAUCAAGUCCGAGGACGGCAAGAAAGAGCGGCACCUGCUCUACUACGACGGCGAGACCGUCUCCGGCAAGAUUAAUAUCAGUUUGCGGAAGGCUGGAAAAUUAGAGCAUCAUGGGGUGAAAGUAGAAUUUAUCGGACAAAUUGAGCUGUACUACGACAGAGGUAAUCACCAUGAGUUUACUAGCCUCGUAAAAGAACUGGCGAGGCCAGGGGAAUUGACACACAAUACGGUGUACACGUUUGAAUUCCCAAAUGUCGAGAAACCAUUUGAAAGUUACACUGGAUCCAACGUGCGACUGAGAUACUUUCUGAAAGUGACAAUUGUACGACGAAUUAGUGACGUUAUCAAAGAACUCGAAUUAGUUGUGCACACUCUUAGUUCCUAUCCAGAUAUGAAUAAUCCCAUUAAAAUGGAAGUUGGAAUCGAAGACUGUUUGCAUAUCGAAUUUGAAUACAAUAAAAGCAAAUAUCACUUGAAAGAUGUAAUUGUCGGCAAAAUAUACUUUCUGCUGGUUAGAAUAAAAAUAAAACAUAUGGAGAUAGCAAUCAUCAAACGAGAAACCACCGGUUCUGGCCCUCACACGUUUACUGAAAAUGAAACUAUAGCGAAAUACGAGAUCAUGGACGGCGCGCCCGUUCGAGGGGAGUCUAUUCCUAUAAGGGUGUUCUUAGCUGGGUACGAUCUGGCGCCUACGAUGCGCGAUAUUAAUAAGAAGUUUAGUGUUAGAUAUUAUCUGAAUCUGGUUCUCAUGGACGAGGAAGAUCGGCGAUACUUUAAGCAGCAGGAGAUUACAUUAUGGAGGAAAGGUGAGAAGAGCAGAAAGUCGCAAACGGCCUCACCGCACAUGCCGUCGCAUUUAGUAUCGGCUGAAACAGGAUUCCCGCAGGGCGCUGCGCAGAAUGGCCCACCGUCAGUGCCACCUGACUCUGGUGAACUGCCGACGAGUAAUGUUACGAACGCAGAGGAUGGCGCUCCGGCGCCAAUCGAAGGCAUGACACGAGAGGAAGGGGACGGCGAGGGUGAAAAGGAAGGCGGUCCAGAGAGUGAUUGAGUCUCAGCACAGCUCUGUUCCCGGUGCCAGUUACAGUCCAGAUUAGUUGAGAACGUUAAAUAUGACUGCAGUAUGCAGCAAAGGAAUUAGCUUAAAAAAAAAGUCUCCACCGCGUUGGGAGAUUUGUUUUUAUCAAGAGAAACAGCGGGAUGCGUAAAAGGCCUGCUAGCAAAGUUGUAAAUAUUUUGGAUACCUUAUAUAUAAUUGAGAGCGAAUGAUUUGUAACUAGUAGAAUACCGAUCAAAAUUAUAAUACUAUGGAGAAAUAGAUUUAAAAGACUUGGGGAUGUCUUGUCAUUUUGGAAGAGA